AUGAAUCCUGCCCUGCCUUGGAUCCUUUGUCUGGGAUGUGUGCUGCUCCUGACAAAGGCAGCCGAAUGCUUUAUCCUGCCGAAUUCAAGUCACCUGGAGAGCAUUCUGAGUAAAUACCAAGAUGGGGAAAUCAAUUCGAGAUCCAAGAGAGCCAUUUUAUUCUCAGACAGACAGGAGAUACUGAUGCUCCACAAUAAGCUGAGAGGGCAGGUGUACCCAGUGGCCUCUAAUAUGGAAUACAUGACUUGGGAUGAUGAGCUGGAAAGGUCAGCACAUGCUUGGGCUCAGCAGUGCAUCUGGGACCAUGGGCCUAGUGCUCUCAUCAGGUCAAUUGGACAGAACCUGGCGGUCCACUGGGGCAGGUAUCGGUCUCCAGCUUUCCAUGUGCAGUCUUGGUAUGAUGAAGUUAAAGAUUACACAUACCCGUAUCCUCACGAGUGCAACCCGUGGUGCCCAGACAAAUGUACUGGUGCUAUGUGCACACAUUACACCCAGAUAGUCUGGGCCACGACGAACAAGAUUGGCUGUGCUGUGAACGUCUGCAAGCAGAUGAAUGUUUGGGGAGAGAUAUGGGAGAACGCCGUCUACCUGGUCUGCAACUACUCGCCGAAGGGCAACUGGAUCGGAGAAGCCCCAUACAAGACCGGCCGCCCCUGCUCCGAGUGCCCACCGAGCUAUGGAGGAGGCUGUCAAAACAACCUCUGCUACAAAGAUUACCGUUAUGAAGAUCCCGUCAUCACCGAGGCGGAUGAGACAAACGAAGUGGAGAUUUCACAGGUUGCGGAGCAGAAGCCGGUGCGGUUCAACCUUCCAGAAGGCAAGACCCACAAACCCACCAAGCCCAAGAAAGUCAUCCCAGAGUCCUACAUGACACAAGUCAUAACAUGUGAAACCAAGAUGAGAGACAAAUGCAGAGGAUCAACAUGCAACAGGUAUUUGUGCCCAGCUGGCUGCUUGUACAGUAAGGGAAAGAUCUUUGGAACAUUUUAUUAUGAAAGUUCAUCAAGCAUCUGUCGCGCUGCAAUUCAUUACGGCAUCCUGGAUAAUAAAGGAGGAUUGGUUGAUAUCACGAGGAAGGGGAGGACACCAGCUUUUGUGAAGUCUACCCGGAAUGGCGUGGAGUCAUUUAGGAAAAACAAGCCUUCGAAUGCAUUCAUGGUUUCCAAAGUCACAACACAGACACUGGAUUGCUAUACUACCGUAGCUGAGCUGUGCCAGUUCAAAAAGCCGGCGACCCAUUGCCCAAGGAUUUAUUGCCCAGCCCACUGUAAGGACGAGCCAUCAUACUGGGCACCGGUGUUUGGCACAAACGUUUAUGCAGAUAGCUCCAGUAUCUGCAAAACUGCCGUGCAUGCAGGAGUCAUUCCAGAUGAAAGAGGUGGUUUUGUGGAUGUGAUGCCUGUAGAAAAGAAGAAAAGUUAUGUUGCCUCCCUAAAGAAUGGAGUCCAGUCUGAGAGCUUAAAGAAUCCUGCGGAUGGAAACGCCUUCCGGAUUUUUGCUGUGAAGCAGUAA